UUGUUCUAUUUGCUUAAUUUAAGAAUAUUUGCAACUAAUUGUGAAUUGUUCUCAUUACAUAAAAAAUACAGAUUAAGAAUUUAGUGACAAAAAGGUAAAAUAUUGCUGUAAAAUAUGGAUAUAAUUACAAGCACUGAAGACCUUUGCCCUGAUAGUAAAACAAUUCAAGAGAACAUCCUUUUUGAUAUUAUAAAGGAGGUGUGCGGUGAUCAAAAUUGUGUUCUUUCACCAAAGCUUGCUGGAAAAGUAAGGAGAAUCAUUGCUGACAGCGAUUUAUCACACUAUUCCAGUUUACAUAAACUAAGCACCGCUGAUGAGAGUACUUCUACUUUACUAGGAUUAAUGCACAAAACUGACGCAGAGUUAACAUUUGAUGAACAAGCUGAAUUGAACCAAGCAAUCAUCAACAAAAUUCAGAACAAAAUACCAAUCUUAGCUUCUGACUUAGAUAAAUUAAAACAAAACAUUGGCAGUGGAAAGAAAACAAGGAAAAACGAAAUAAAAGAUCUUCAAGAGAGUUUGGAUGACAAACUUAAUACAUUGAAAGAACAAGAAAAUGAAAAGGUUGAACUCAUGGUGGAAUGGCUGAACCAUCGCCUGCAAGAAGUCUCAUCGUUUAGUAACAAUUCUACGACUUUGGGUAUAGAAUGGGCGCCGCUCCACCUGCCUUUGGCCCGUAGGCUACAGACCCUAGCAGCGACCACCUGGAUAUGUCUUAUAUUAUUCGGAGAAGCCUUCUGCAUAUUCAUUUACGUCCAGUUUUUGUAUUCUUCGUACUGGUGGUUAGCGUUGCUGUAUGGAGCGUGGUUAUUGAAUGACCUCGACGUUUGCAACAGAGGUGGUAGGAUAGUAGAAUGGGUGAGGAAUUGGUCUUUGUGGCGCUAUUACCGAGAUUAUUUUCCAAUAAACUUGGUUAAAACCGCCGAAUUGGAUACCUCGAAAAACUAUCUAUUCGCCUGCUUUCCCCAUGGCGUGGUAUGCUCUGGAGCUUUCGGUGCAUUUGCCACAAAUGCGUUAGACUUCUACAAGGUAUUUCCAGGCAUGACAUGCAACAUGAUUACUCUGGGAGGCCAUUUUAGAGUUCCAUUAUUUAGAGAAUUGGUGCUUGCUUUGGGUAGUUGCGCUUCUUCUCAAGAGAGCUUGUUAUAUCUUCUUGAUAAGAAUAAAAAUCAAGGAAAAUGUGUGGUGCUAUUUGUCGGAGGAGCUGCAGAGGCGUUGGAUUCGCAUCCGGGUGAAUACAAAGUGAUAUUGAGCAGGAGGAAAGGUUUCGUUCGUGUUGCCAUGAAAUCUGGGGCACCACUAGUACCAGUAUUUUCAUUUGGAGAAACAGACGUAUAUCGUCCACUGAAUAACAGUGAAGAUAGUUUGCUCCGCAAGUUCCAGGAUAAAGUGCGCCAGAUCACGGGUAUAUCACCAGUGUUUCCAAUAGGGAGAGGUGUAUUCCAGUACUCAUUUGGAGUACUCCCUCUUAGAUCGCCCAUCACUACAGUUGUUGGUGUACCAAUGGAGAUAGAGAAAAACUUAGACCCAACCAGUGAAGAAGUGGACGCAGUACACGCUGAGUUCACACGAAGAUUAAUCGACCUCUUUGAAUCUGAAAAAUCAAAGUAUUUAACGGACCAUAAGAAUACACAUUUAGUCAUUACCUAGACUUUACUAGCCAACAUAUAAAUUAUCCAAGACUGUGAUUAGAUGCACGAACAUGCCAAUAUACUGUAGUAAUUGAGUAAUGUUUUGUGACAAAAAAUAUCAAGUAUUGCAAAUUCGUUUUCAUAAAACACUUGUAUCAUUACGUCAUAAUUGUAUUGACUGCAUCUGUUUCAUUUGAGGUCGGUGCCGUUUUAUCAAUUCGUCUCUUUCUCUCUUAUGAUAUUAGUAGAUCUAUUUUUUUAUCAUUUGCCUUUGUCUUGCCUAGUUGUCCUAGUUCUGGUAAUAUGACUCAUGCCUCAAUUUGAAUGAAAAUAACACUAGCGGCAAUUGAUAAAGUCAUUUUAUUUAAAGCGAAGGUAGCUAUUUAUACAAACAUUCCUAGAAGAAGUAUAAUAUUAUGAGCUAU